AUGAACAGACUCAUGAAUGUCCUUUUCAUGAAUGCCCUUUUCAUAAGCCUGGCGUUCAGCGCCCACUAUUUACCUGUCUCUGGAUUUGACAAUAUUGAACCAUCGGCCAACCUGACAUGGACACCAUGUUUCGAUGCCUUUAACUGCUCCAAACUGCAAGUUCCUCUGGAUUAUUCAAACAGAAGCCUUGGAGCGACGUCGAUUGCCUUCAUCAAGCUGGCUGGCAAAAAUGCCACCGUCGAGUCUCCAAGCAUUGUGAUCCUCCCUGGCGGCCCCGGUAGUUCUGGUGUCGAUUUACUCCUCUUGUACCAGAGUCUCUUUGGGCAGAUGUUCGGAGAGCAGUACAACUUCGUAUCCUUUGACCCUCGCGGCGUGAACAACAGUGGCUUGCAUCUCGACUGCUUCAAUGAUACAAAAGCACGAUCAGCUUUCUAUCGACUGCACAGAACAGGCGCCACCAAUAUCUCAUCAACUUCGCUUGAGAAGCAGUACUAUUCAAGCUCCAUCUACGGCGAGUCGUGCAACAAUGCCGUCAAGAACAAGUCACCCCAUUCAUACUAUGUCACCACGCCAGCAGUUGCCCAUGACCUGCUUGCAUUUACCGAAGCCGAAGCGGAGCUGGUCGGCCAGUCACCAGCAAAAGCCAAACUGUGGUGCUAUGGAAUCAGCUACGGCACUGUCAUCGGCAGUACUUUCGCAUCUCUGUUCCCUGACCGCAUCGGGAGAAUGAUACUCGAUGGCGUCCUACACGCAGACCAAUACUAUACCAACUACUGGACAGACAAUGUGGAUCAAAUGGACGAGACUAUGGAAACAUUCUCGACCUUCUGCCACUCCGCCGGGCCUGACAAGUGCUCGUUCUGGGGGCCUACACCAGAUAACAUCACGGCGAGAAUGGAUGGCAUCGUCCGUCAGCUCCAGAACUACCCAGUCCUAAGCCGUGUUGGAGACUCAAAGCUGCCGGUAAUAACCACCUAUUCAGAUUUGAAGACUCUGUUUCUCAACACAAUCUACAACCCACUGGAAAUGUUUCCAGAAAUGGCCGAUAUCCUACACCAGGCCGAGCGUGGGAAUGCGUCUGCUCUUGCGGGCAUGUACGACCAGUCAAACUCUAUAUCCGAUGCCCGUUUCGCCAUUACAUGCACCGAUUCGUAUCGACGGAACAGACUGACUACCUUGGACGAGUUCAAGGGUUGGACAGAGUACUUGAUCUCCAGGAGCAGGUACAUUGGUGAUAUCUACCCCAGCUUACCGGAGGGUAUCUUGUGCCGAUCAUUCAAUCCGCAGUUGCCUGAUAGCAUGGUAAUUCAAGACGAAAUAAGGGCACACAAGCCUACGUCCUUUCCGAUCCUCUUUACGAGUAAUACCGUCGACCCCAUCACGCCAGUACUAUCGGCGCGCAAGAUGUCCACUCGGUUUGUUGGAUCAACACUCUUAAUGCAAGAAGCUGUGGGUCAUACGGUCAUAAAACAGGGGGGGUCGGAUUGUUACUUCGGACAUGUCCAGGCAUACCUCCAGGGCACAGUUCCGUCGUUUAAUACUACAUGUCCCCGACAGUACACUCCUUUCAUGGAUGCCUCCCCCCUUUAA